AUGAGGCCCAAUUGGAAGGCAUUAUGGUGGUCGAUUCACAAGCACAAUCCCUUGCUCGCGAAAUUGGCCCUCUCAAUCCUCUUGUUUGGACUCGCCUUCAGGUUUCUUUCCACCAAACAAACUGAGAUUUUUGAUGUUGCAGAGACUCCUCGUAUGGCGAAGGCCAAUGCCACCAAACCACCCCAAAACUCACUCUCUCAGGGAGAUCGCUUUCCCAAACGAGAAACAUGUGAUAUUUUUACUGGGGAUUGGGUUCCAAGCCUGGUUGGCCCCCGUUACACUAACGAGAGCUGCAACAUCAUUGAGAGCCAUCAGAACUGUAUGAAGAAUGGUCGCCCGGACACUGCGUAUCUUAAUUGGAGAUGGCGUCCACGAGACUGCAAGCUGCCUCAGUUGGACCCUGUGAAGUUUCUUAAGUUGAUGAGGAAUAAGAAAUGGGCAUUGAUUGGUGAUUCUAUAUCUCGGAACCACGUCCAAUCCCUGCUUUGCAUCCUGUCCAAGGUCGAACCAGCUGUUGAAGUCUACCAUGCUGUAGAUUACAGAUCCAAGAGAUGGCAUUUCCAGUCACACAACUUGACUAUUUCUGUUCUCUGGUCUCCAUUCCUUGCGGAAGCCGCCAUUUUUGAAAACUAUGAUGGCGUUUCAACAUCUGAGGUGGAGCUUCAUCUCGACAAACUUGACAAGACAUGGACCGACCAGUACGAGGGUUUGGAUUACAUGAUAUUUUCGAGUGGUAAAUGGUUUAUCAAGACUGCAAUCUACUACGAGAACAACACUGUGUUGGGUUGCCAUUACUGUCCCAAAAGAAACCUAACAGAGCUAGGUUACGAUUUCGCCUAUCGCAAAGUCCUCCAGAACGUGUUCAAAUUCAUCCUUGAAUCCAAUCGCAAAGGAACGAUCUUUUAUAGGACAACGAUGCCAGAUCACUUCGAGGGUGGCGACUGGUCCAACGGUGGAAACUGCCUAAGAACGGCUCCAGUUAAAGAAGGUGAAUUCGAGUUGAACCCACUGAUCAAGAUCAUCCGGGACAUAGAAUUGGAAGAGUUUGAGAAGGCGGCGGCUCAGGGUUCUGAAAAGGGUUUGAACCUCAAACUUCUCGAUCUGAUGCAGCUGUCGCUGGUAAGACCAGACGGGCACCCGGGUCCUUACAGGCACUUCUACCCCUUCGCCAAGAACAAAACUGCCAAAAUUAUCAACGACUGUUUGCACUGGUGUUUGCCCGGGCCGAUAGACUCUUGGAACGAUCUGAUUAUGGAGAUGGUAAUGAGAAGUGAUCAGAAUUAGCAGAUUGGAUGUUGAUGAUGAUGACUCUUCUUUUUGUUUUUUGGUUUUUGCCCUAAUUUGGACAGUUGAAAUUGGUAUUCUACAAAUGUUCUUGCUGUUGUAUUAACUAGGUUCCCACAAUAUGUCAAAGUUCAGACUCAAUCUAUACAAUAAUGUAGCAUAUAUAAGAAGGGUCUGAUGUUUCAGUGAAUACUCAAAGCCAACAGUUUCUUGUACUGGUUUCAUCCUUGAAAUGGCAAUCAAUAAUUAAGC